CUGUGAGCGAACGUUUCACUGCGAAUAUGUCAAAGGUCGGCCAUGAAGUGUGCGAAACAACAAAAAGGACAAACACAAAUGUGUAUACACUAUAAAAGAAAACAAAAGAUAAUAACAUAUAUUAAUAUAUAUAGAUAUUUAUAAAUAUAACGGAAGACGUUCCACAACAACAAAAAUCUAAAAGCUGUAAUUAAGUUUAGUAGUUAGAAAACAAACUUAACAACAAAUCAAAAUAAGAAAAAGAGGAAAAACCCGACCAAUAAUUUCAAGUUGACAUUCAGACAGAGGUUUUUCUCACAGUGCAUUGUGGUUAAAUGAGUCAACGUCAUCGCAGCAGGACGCACCACAACCUGCGAGACCGUAGACAUACCCCCAACAACACCAGCACAACCCCUCCCAUCAGGUAUAGCCUUGCCACGCGCAGAGAUCGGCAUCAAAAUUAAGCCAAUCGACGACCAAACCUAAAACGCAGCGUUGCGUCCUUUGACGCACGUAACGGGACAUUUCUGUGUGCGCUGCGUUUCAAAAAUCUGAUGGAUGGAAAUGCACAAAAUAUGUUUCACGGCAAUCAUCAAGGAGAUCCCUAUUACCGUUAUGAUGCGGCCGCCGCAGCAGCCGUUGCCGCAGCGGCAAAUCCUCGAGCCAUGGGCCCGCCCGGUGGCUAUCCGCCGCGUCAUCGGGCGCCGCAUCCGCUACAGCAACAGCCACAAUAUCCAUCGUACCAGCCAACGGCGGAGAAUCUCUACGGGCUGGGGCCCACCGAUCAGCACGCGGCCAUGGGCGUCGGCAUGGCUGAUCUAAGCGGCUGGGGUGCAGCGCCCUCUGUGCCAGGCCAAGCGGCCGCAUAUCCCGGUGCCGGUCUAGGCGCCUACGGACAUCCGCAGGCAGCGCCGCCGACGCAGCAGCAGCGUCAGAGCAAUGCCAGCGCCUAUCGCCAACAUAUGCCCGCCUAUGGACAACAGGAGCAGCAGAAGCUGGUGCCGUACGGGGCACAGCAGAACAUGAUGGGUGCCCUGGGCGCCAGUGGCUACGGCAGCCUGGCACCACAACAGCAACAGCAGCAGCAGCAACAACAACAGCCACCCACGCCACAGCAACAGCAGCAGCAACAACAGCAGCAGCAGCAGAGCCAGCAGCAGGCUCGACUGCCGCAGCACUAUCCACAAGCGCCCGGGCAGCAUCCGCUGUAUCCAGGUGCGCCGGCUCAAGCAGCACAGCCGGCGGCACCUCAGGCAUACGCGCACAGUCCCUACGGCAGUCCGAUGCAACAUCAGCCGGGUCGCGGCGCUCCGCAACAUGUGGGCUACGGCCAUGCGGCACUGGAUCAGGCGAGCGCCUAUGGACAACACGUGCCCGGAGCAGCGCCGCCGUCGCAUCAUCUAACCGCGCAGCAGCAGCAGGCUGCGCAGUUGGGUGCGCAUCCCAGCUCACAUAUAGCCAGUGCACAGCAGCAACAGUUGCAGACCCAGCAGCAGCAGCAGGCGCAGCAACAGCAGCAGCAACCGAACCACGUGAGCCUAAUGCAGCAGCAGCAGCUGCCAGGCGCUGUGUUGCCGCCGCCGCACAUGGGCAUGCCGCCCAGCUAUGGCAGCCAUCAUCAGCAGCAGCAGCAACAGCAGCAGGCACAGCAGCAACAGCAGGCACAACAACAGCAGCAGCAGCAACAGGCACAGCAGCAACAGCAGCAGAGUGCGCCGCCCUACAUGUCCAGCAGCAAGCAUCAGGGCAGCGCUCAGCUCAACUCCUCGCCCCAAUAUCGUGCACCAUUUCCACAGCUUUCGCCACAAAUGUCGCCGCGCCCGCCGACAAUGUCGCCGCACCCGCAAAUGUCGCCGCGGCCCGGCGUAUCGCCCGCCAAGCCACCACAAACAGCCCAGCAGCAGCAGGUGCAACAGCAGCAGCAGCAGGUCAAUUCGCCUAGCCAGCAUAGCAUCCAAGGCAUGGUGGGUCUGCCCUCGCCCAGAGCGCAGCCACCGAGCUCAGCCACAGUCGGCAAUGCCAAGGUCCCAGUCAGCAGUGUGGCAGCCGGCGGCGUUGUUCCGCCUGUGGUCAACACGCUGCAAGCACUCGAACAAAUGGUUAUGCCCACACAGGCGCAUGGGCUGCCGCCCAUGGACUAUCCCUCAUCGUAUCGCAGCGCUGCGGUCAUGGGAGGACCACGCAUGCCCGCCUCACCCUCUCCACAGCACCAUCAGCAAUGGGGCGCGCCGCACAUGGCGGCAAUGCAACAGCAGGCGCCACAACAGCCACCGCCACAGCAGCAGCAGCAACAACAACAACAGCAGCAGCAACAACAACAGCAGCAGCAGGCGGCGGCUCAGCAACAGGCAGCGCAGCAGCAAGCCCAAGCGCAACAGCAGGCGGCGCAGCAGCAGGCGCAACAACAGCAGCAUCAGCAUCAGCUGAGCAUGUACGGACAGAGUAUGGGGCAACAGGUGCCCCAAACAGCGCCCACUGCACCGCCCCCACAGCCGCCAGCACCAGUGCUGCAACAGCAACAGCAGCAGCAGCAGCAACAACAACAGCAGCAGCAGCAGCAACUGAAUGAGCAACUGCAGCAUUCCAUCAACGAUAUUGUCGGUGGCAAUCAGCAGCAGGCGCAACUGAGCGCACAGAUGGCCUCCUCGCCGCUGCAUCAGCAGAGUCUGCCCAGCAUGCAUCAUCUGAGCUCUGCGGCGCAUCACCAGCAGCAGCAGCAGCAGCAGCCUUCGCUGGAGGCCAGCACAGCUCAGCAGCCACAGCAGCAACAGUUGCAGGCACAGCAGCAACAGCAGCUGCAGCAUCAAUCACCCAUACAUCAGCAACAGUCGCCGCUGCAGCAGCAACAUUUGCCCAACUAUGCGCAGCAACAGAGCAGCAAUCAGCAGCAGCAACAGCAGCAACAACAACAGCAGCAGCAACAACAACAGCAGCAGCAGCAUCAACAGCAAUUCGAUGCAUUUGCCAAUAUACUGGGAGAUACACAGCAAGCACCAACAGCUGCUGCAGUAGCAGCAACUGCAGCUGCAACACAGCAAACAAUGUCGCCAGCGCAUGUUAGUUCGCCCAUACCACAGCUGCAACAGCAGCAGCAACAUCAGCAACAACAACAGCAGCAGCAGCAGCAGCAGGUUCAACAGCAGGCGCAGUUGCAACAGCAACCAGCCACGCCCACACCGCCAACACCCUCGCAUCAUCUGAGCAGCAUACUGAACGAAACAGCCAAUUCGAAUGAUUCGUCAACGCUGGCUGUCGCUGCCAACGACAGCAACAACAGCAGCAGCAACAGCAGCACCAACAGCAUUGUCAACAACCAGCCCACCUCGGUGCACGACAGCAACUCGCAGAGCAGCAUCAACAGCAACAACCAGCAGCCGUUGCUCUCGAACAUGGACACUGUUGGCAGCGGAGGCAUGCUGAACAGCAACUCGGACUCGACGCACACCACGCACCACCAUGUGAGUGGUGUGGACGUUGGUCUCUUCGACAACAAUUCAAUGAGCUCGACGAGCGCUGCUGCCGUUGCAGCUGCCUCAAAUGCGGCGAAUGCAGCGGCAGCGCUGCUCGACAGCAAUUCCCAAUCAUCGAAUGCGGAAUUCGAGAGCUCGAAGAGCGAGCAGCCAGAGCAACAGCCACAGCAACCACAACACCAGCAACAACAGCAGCAGCCAGCAACAGGUGCUGAUGACUUGUGCGCCCAGCUGGCACAGGACGAGAAUAGUGUUUCGAAGACGCAGCCCGAAACUCAAAGUGAGACAACGUUGCCUGAGGAGCUGGACAGCGGCAACAAGCAACAGCAGCAGACAGAGGAGCUGCUGGCGGAGCAGAGCUUAAGCGAGUUGGCUGACGAAACGAAAUCCGCUGAAGAGAUCAGCGAAGACAAGAGCCAAACGCAAAUGGACAACACCACGCUCAGCCAACCGCAGCAGCAGCAGCAACAACAGCAGCAGCAGCCACUGGGACAAACACCUUUGGGCGUGAGUGGCAUGCACCCGCUAACCGGCUACGAGGGACAGCAGCCUCAGCAGCCGCAGCAGCAGCCGGGGCUGACAGCGCAGACAGCUGCGGCAGUUCCGCCACCCCCGCCGCCGACGCACAUGCAGCCCAUGUUGCCGCCGUAUCCAGGCGCAACAGGUGCCAUGUAUCCACCAUAUCCGAUGCUGCAUCAGCAGGAAAUUGCCGCGCUGCAACAGCAAAUACAAGAGCUCUAUUGCAUGCCGCCCGGACACGAGCAUCAGCAUCAGGACAAGCUCAUCCGCAUGCAGGAGCGCCUCCAGCUACUGCAGCAACACGAACUGACCGAGCAGUGUGCGGGCGGACCGCAGUGUUUGUUGUAUCAGAACAUGCCACCGCUCUAUGGCAGCAGUGCGUUGCACAAUCAGAUGGUCGAGAGUCCACAGGUCUCCAGCACAACGGGGCGUGGUCGUGGCAAGGGGGCCAACAAACCGCGCAAGCCACGUGCCAAAAAGGGUGACAAGGCGGCGGCAGCAGCUGCUGCAUUGCAGCAACAACAGCAGCAGGAACUAAUGGACAUUAGUGGCAAUGUGGUUGUGGCUGCAGCCAGUGCGAGCAGCAGCAGUGGCAGCAUCAUUCCCAUACCCACCACUCAGUUGCCCGUCUCCGAGGACUGUGUUACCCAGGGAGCGGGCGAUACGAGCGUCGUGGGUCUACUCGAAUAUAGCGAGAGCAUGGGUGAUCUAUCGCAGGAUGUGCAUUCGGCCAAUGAGCUGGACACCUCCACCGAUGGCAGUGGCAAGAAGAAGAAGCCGCGCAAGCCACGCGCACCCAAAGAUCCGAAUAAGCCACCACGUGAUCGGACGCCGAAGGUGAAAAAGCCGCGGGAUCCCAAUGAUCCGAACUCUACAGAAUCUCCUGGAGGCGGACGCAAGCGAGCGAGUGUUAGCAAGCGACGCAAACAGUUUGGAGAAGAUGGAGCCGAGCAAACGGGCGAGGGCAGCGAGCAGGAGGAUAACAAGCCACUGUUGCCCAAGUCCAGCGAAGGCGAGGCAGAGACCAGCGGCGGAGCUGGAGGCGUCGAUGGUGAGUCGCCUGACUAUGAUGACAUACCCGUCUCGAAGAUACCGAGAGGUGCGAACGACGACGACAACAAAGAUGCCGAAGUGGGCGAUGAGACAGUGGACUCGGUGCCCGACUCAGCCGGCGAUGCAGCCAGCACGCCGAGUCGUCGAGAUCGCAAGCGCUCGACGGCGCGCAGUCGUCGCAAUGCCACGUCCGAAGAGGGCGGCAGUGCACGACGGAAUCGAGGCUCGUUGAGUGCCAAAGCCCUGAAGAAGCGACGCAAUCGUGGACGCAUUGUGCCCGAAUCGGAUGGCGAGGAUGAUACCUUGGAUCGUACGCCGCCGCCAUCGCCACCGCCAGAUUCAGAACUCGACUCGAAUAAGCGACGCUCGUCGAGAAACACACAGCGCAAGAAGUAUAUAGACGACGUAAUGCUACGCUUCUCGGAUGAUGAGAACUCCCUGCUGGUAGCUUCCCCCGUGAAGAAGGAAAAGAAGUCUUCGUCGGCCAAUGCAGCCAACUCGAAUGCUGGCAGCGAUGUGGAGAAGGCAGAGCCACAAUCGGGUGCCGAAGGCGAGGCUGGUAGCUCUGCGGGCGAAGAGAAACCCUCGGUGGCAGCAGAUGACACCAACAGCCAGCUGGAGGCCAGUUCCAGCACCUCAGCCGCUGAGAAGGCCGAAAGGCAAAGUGCUAACGAGUCGGCUGCAUCAGCCAUGUCCUCGAAACCCAACUAUGUGUACAUCAAUACGGGCGACGAGGACAGCAUGGUGGUGCAGUUUGUCUUAGCCCUGCGCAUGGGCAAGCGGGAGCUGAUACCCGAGCCACCCAAAGUGAAGACACCAGAGCCUAAGACGGAGACAGAGAUCAAAGCGGAAGCCGCAGCAGCAGAGGCUGAAACAGAAAAGGCAGAGGAUAAAGAAACUGCUGAGAAAGCCGAGGACAAAGCCGAAAAGGCGGACGAAGAAGUCAAGAAAAUGGAUGAAGAUGACAAAGAAGAAGUGGAUAAAUCAACGGAGGAGACGAAAGCUGAAGCCGAGAGCAAAAUGGAAGUGGAUGAACAGCUGGACACAGUCAAGACAGAAAAGAGUGAUGAAGAGACGCCCGAAAAGGAGGCGGAGAAAAUGGAAACUGACGAAGGUGCCGAGCCCGAAAAAGCAGCUGAAGACGCAGAUCAAAAAGAAAAGGAAGAGAAAGCAGAAGAUGAGCAAGAAGCAGAGGCCAAGACUGAUGAAGCACAAGAGAAGCCAGCUGAGCCAAAGAAGGAAGAAGUGAAAGAGGAGGAACUUAAAGAAAAAGAAGCCGAAGCAGAUACAGAAAGUGACAAAGAGAAAGAAACGGAAAAGGAAAAAGAUGCUGAAGACGAAGCGACAGAGAAAAUGGAAGUAGACGACGACACUGCGGCUGAAGUUAAGAAAGAUGAGAAGAACUUGAAAACAGAAGAAGAAACAACUGAAGCAAAGACAGAAGCAGACAAAGAGAAAGACGGCGAAGACAAGGAGACAACAAAACAGACUGAAGACGAUGCAGAGGAAGGAGACGACAAAUCGUCCACGACUACAAAGGAUGAUAAGCCCGAACCAGUCUUCAUCGAUGUCGAGGAAUACUUUGUGAAGUACCGAAAUUUCAGUUAUCUGCACUGCGAAUGGCGCACGGAAGAGGAACUCCUCAAAGGAGAUCGCCGCGUGGCUGCAAAGAUACGUCGCUUCCAGCAGAAGCAGGCACAGCAAAUCAACAUAUUCGAGAACAUCGAAGAGGAGCCCUUCAAUCCCGAUUUUGUGGAGGUGGAUCGUGUGCUGGAUAUGUCUGUCCAUACGGACGAGAAUACCGGAGAGACGACCAAGCAUUAUUUGGUUAAAUGGAAAUCAUUGCCAUAUGAGGAUUGCACCUGGGAGCUGGAAGAGGAUGUAGAUAAUGAUAAAAUUGAGCAAUACUUGCGCUUCAACAAAAUACCAUUGAGAUGCGAGUGGAAGAGUCGUAAGCGUCCACAUCCGGAACAAUGGAAGAAGCUGGAGAAGACGCCCAUCUAUAAGGGUGGCAAUAGCUUGCGACCCUAUCAGCUGGAGGGUUUGAAUUGGUUAAAAUUCUCCUGGUAUAAUUCACACAAUUGCAUCUUGGCCGAUGAAAUGGGUCUGGGCAAGACCAUWCAGAGUCUGACCUUUGUUCACUCGGUCUACGAAUACGGCAUAAGAGGACCAUUUUUGGUCAUAGCUCCUUUGUCGACCAUACCCAAUUGGCAGCGUGAAUUCGAGGGCUGGACCGACAUGAACGUGGUUGUCUACCACGGCUCGGUGACCAGCAAACAAAUGAUCCAGGACUACGAGUUCUACUACAAGACAGAUAGUGGCAAAGUGCUUAAGGAGCCGAUUAAAUUUAAUGUCCUUAUCACCACAUUCGAAAUGAUUGUCACUGACUAUAUGGAUCUGAAAGCCUUCAACUGGCGGCUGUGUGUGAUCGACGAGGCGCAUCGCCUGAAGAAUCGCAACUGCAAGCUGCUUGAGGGAUUACGACAGCUCAAUCUCGAACAUCGUGUUCUGCUCUCGGGCACACCCCUGCAGAACAACAUAAGCGAGCUUUUCUCCUUGCUAAACUUCUUGGAGCCAAGUCAAUUCUCGUCGCAGGAGGAGUUUAUGUCGGAAUUCGGCAGUCUGCGCACCGAGGAGGAAGUCAAUAAGCUGCAGGUGCUACUCAAGCCGAUGAUGCUGCGACGUCUCAAAGACGAUGUCGAGAAAUCCCUAGCACCGAAAGAGGAGACCAUCAUUGAGGUGGAGCUGACGAAUAUACAGAAGAAAUACUAUCGCGGCAUAUUGGAGCAAAACUUUAGCUUCCUCAAAAAGGGAACGACCUCGGCGAACAUACCCAAUCUAAUGAAUACAAUGAUGGAGUUGCGUAAGUGCUGCAUACAUCCAUAUUUGCUCAAUGGCGCCGAGGAGCAGAUCCAAUAUGACUUUAAAGCACAGCACGGCGACGAUCCCGAGUCCUACUACAAGAAUCUUAUACUCUCGGCGGGUAAAAUGGUGCUGAUUGAUAAGCUGCUGCCCAAACUGAAGGCGAAUGGGCAUCGUGUGUUGAUCUUCAGUCAGAUGGUACGCUGUCUGGACAUACUCGAGGAUUAUUUGGUGUACCGCAAAUAUCCGUUCGAACGGAUUGAUGGACGCAUUCGUGGCAAUUUACGUCAAGAGGCGAUUGAUCGUUAUUCGAAGCCCGGAUCGGAUCGUUUUGUCUUCCUGCUCUGCACCAAGGCUGGAGGAUUGGGCAUUAAUCUGACAGCCGCCGAUACGGUGAUCAUCUAUGAUUCCGAUUGGAAUCCCCAGAACGAUUUGCAGGCCCAAGCCCGUUGCCAUCGCAUUGGCCAACGCAAAAUGGUUAAGAUCUACCGUUUAUUGUGCAGGAAUACCUACGAGCGAGAGAUGUUCGACAAGGCCUCAAUGAAACUGGGCCUGGACAAGGCUGUACUGCAGUCCAUGAACACGCACGGCUCCAAGGAUGGCAACAACAAGCAGCUGUCCAAGAAGGAGAUCGAGGAUUUGCUCAAAAAGGGCGCCUAUGGCGCUGUCAUGGAUGACGAUAAUGCGGGCGAUAAGUUCUGUGAAGAGGACAUCGACUCGAUUUUGAAGCGACGUACACAAGUCAUAACGAUGGAGUCGGAGAAGGGUUCGACCUUCUCGAAGGCUUCAUUUGCCGCCUCUGGCAAUCGCUCAGAUAUUACAAUUGACGAUCCCGACUUUUGGACCAAGUGGGCCAAACGAGUGGACAUCGAUCCAGAUGCCUGUGAACGUGAUGAGACCGAAGAUCUGGUGCUAUCGGAGCCCAGAAGGCGAACACAGAUCAAACGUUAUGGACACGAGGAUGUCAUGGAAAUCAACUCGGAGGAUUCGUCGAAUGAGAACAGCGAUGAAGAGGGCGGCAUAGGUCUACGCUCGAGACGGCGCAAGGAGAAGCGCGAUCGCAACCGCGAAAAGAAGGGACACGAUGAAUAUAUACCCAGGGAGCGUGAUGCCCUGGCUGCCUUGGGUCUAGAGGAGAUUCAGUAUGGCAACUGGGCCAAGUCGGAAUGCUUCAAAGUGGAGAAAGGACUGCUUUCAUUUGGUUGGGGUCGUUGGACGGAACUCUUGGAAUUGGGUCAAUUUAAGCGCGGCUGGCGCGAAGUGGACAUCGAGGACUGUGCGCGCAUUAUACUGCUGUACUGCCUGCAGGUGUACAAGGGUGACGAGAAGAUCAAGACGUUCAUCUGGGAUCUGAUUACACCGACCGAGGAUGGCGAGGUGCAGAAGAUCAGCAGGGAUCAUAGUGGCCUACACAAUUUGGUGCCACGAGGACGCAAUGGUGGCAAAUCCAAUAAAGAGAUGGCCUGUGGCAGCUCCACUCCUGCGCCAGGUACUGCUUCGGGCAGCAAUAGUGGCAACACGACGCCCGCCCACAAGUCAAGCUCGUUGGAAUCGGACAAGGAUCAGGUGGGCGGCGUCAGUGCCAGUGCUGUGGCAGCGGCUGCGGCUGUUGUUGUGCCAACGCCAGCGCCCGCACCGCCCACCAGCAUCCACGAUCCGAAUCACUGGAGUAAGAAGGAGAAAUACGAUGCGGACGCGUAUCUGGAGGGCGCCUAUAAGAAGCACCUGGGCAGACACGCCAAUAAGGUAUUGCUGCGCGUGCGCAUGCUCUAUUAUAUACAGCACGAGGUCAUUGGCGAAUUCGUGCAGCAGAUUAAGGAUAACACGCCCAUCAGCGAGCUACCUAUUCGGCCGCCACCAACGCCCGAUCAAGUGCCAUCGUCAUGGUGGAAUCCCAUUUGUUGUGAUAAGAGUCUAUUGGUUGGAACGUAUAAGCACGGCUGUGAAAUGUAUCGCCAAAUGAGAGCCGAUCCAAAUCUUUGCUUUGUUACCCAUGUGGGCGCCGGUGCCGGUGACGAUUUGGCCGUCGCGAGUUUGCCAAUAAAUGAGGACGAUGCAAAUUCGAAGCACGAUGACGGCGAUGAGGUGGACGAUGAUGGCACCACCACAACCAAAGACUCGGAUUCCACGAAGCUAACUGCUGGCGACAACAAGGACUCACUAGAUCCAGAGCGUCCCAGUUCGUCGGGUAAGAGCGAUAAGUGCGAUAACAGCGAUAACAAUGGAUCGAUUGUACAAAAAGCGGCCAACGCCGAACUUGGCUCGGUUGUGGGCAAUGGCAGCGCCGUCGAGGCGGAACCAGCGGCACCAAACGAAUUGGCACCAAAAGAAAAUGAAAAAGAAAAAGAAAUUGAUAAAGAAAAAGAAAAAGAAACUCAAAAUCCGAAUCAAAACGAUAAAGCAAACGAAAAAGAAAACGAAAUUGAUAAAGAAAUUGAGAAAAGUAAUGAAAAAGCAGAAGGCAAAGCAGAGGCUGUGGCAGUCGCUGACGCUGAGGCAGUUGCUGAUGCCGAUUCAACAAGCUCGGCAGCAGCUGCUGUUGACGUCGACGCUGAGACAGCCGCUGCGGCCAGCGCAUUGGACACUGAUCAGGAUGGGGCUAAGAGCGAAGCCCUGGCCAAUGGAGCCGCUGCAGCGACAGCAUCAGCCGCUGGCGAAGCCGUUGAUGCCGCUGACAUUGCAACAGCCGAGUCUGGUUCUCAAUCAUGCACUAACGCCAACACAACCACCACCACCACUACCACAACCACAAAUAUCACCACCACCACCACCACCACUAUAACCACCAUUACCAAUCCAUCAACAACGACUACGACUGCGUCUGCCUCUGAGCCAGCGGGUCAAAACUGCGAAAAUGCUAACUCCAACUCAAAUUUAGGCUUGGACGAGGAGGAAAGUGUCGCUGGCAGCUAUCCACCAUCGACCCUGGCUGCCGCCGAGGAUGCCACCAUGUGGCCAUCGAUGCAGGAUCUGAAUACGCGCUUGCGCCGCGUCAUCACCGCCUACCAGCGCAACUACAAAAAGGAGGAGCUCAAGCAACAGCAAAAGGCCAAGCUACAGGCUUUGGUCUCAUCAACGCCACCGCUAUCGGUGCCAACCACCCCCACCCUGCAGUCGAUGCAAAUGCAGAUGCAGGGCGGCACUGGCGUUGGCGGCAAUGCGGUCGCCAACGUUGGCGUCGGCGUCGGCGGCGGGUCCGUUAGCCAGCUGCAGCAGCAGCUCGACUCGAGCAAUCGCAGCCUGCAGGCGUUGAUGCAGUCACAAGGUGCCAGCACCUCGGCUGCUGCAGCGGCUGCCGCUGCCGCCGCCGCCGGUGGCCCUGGCUCAUCGCACGGAUUGGUGGGUCAGCAUCAACAACAGCAGCAGCAGCAGCAACAACAGCAACAGCAGCAGCAACAGCAACAACAACAGCAGCAGCAGCAACAGCAGGUGGGCGGAACUCAGGUGCCGGCCAUGCCCACCGCCGCAGAUAUCAGCCUUAUGCUGAGCAUCCUCAACACCACCGAUGUCAGCCAAUUGGCCAAUUUGGAUAUCAGCAAACUGGCCAUGUAUUUGGUUAGUAUGAACAAUAAAAUGGAGCGUCAGGGUAAGAUGGAGCUGGCGGCCAAGGAGCGGGAGUCGCAGCGUCUACAGCUAAUACCCAAGAAAUGGAAUCGUCGCGAGGAAUACGAAUUCCUGCGCGUGCUCACAGGCUAUGGUGUGGAUAUGCAGCUGAACACGCCCAUGGGCGGCAACAGCAACAGCAGCAUCAGCAUUACGAACAGCAGUGGCGGUAGCCAGACGCCCGACUGGACCAAGUUCAAGCAGAUGGCACAUCUGGAGCGGAAGAGCGAUGAAACAUUGAGUGAUUACUACAAAGUCUUUGUGGCCAUGUGCCGAAGACAGGCUGGACUGAAGCUCAGCGAGAAUGAGCGUGGACUCGAGGGCAUUGUCGAGGAGGUGGAGAAGGAGCACGCGAAGCUCAUUCUAGAUCGGCUUGAGCUGCUGUCCAAGCUGCGCGAAGUAGCGCGCCAUCCCCAGCUGGAGGAGAGACUGAAACUGUGCAUGAUGAAUGCGGAUACGCCCGAUUGGUGGGAGCCGGGUCGGCAUGAUAAGGAGCUGAUUGCAGCCGUGUUGAAGCACGGUCUCUAUCGCUCCGAGACCUUCAUCUUCAAUGAUCCCAACUUCAGUUUCUGCGAGUCGGAAAAGCGCUUCAUUAGGGAACUGGAGGCCCAGAUACAGCGCACCAUCAAACUGGAGGCUUUCAAUGCGGAGAAGGCGGCCGCAGCUGAGAAAGCUGCAGCAGCCGAAAAAGCAGCAGCAGCCGCCGCAGCAGCUGCAGCGGCAGUUAAGCAUGAGAUCAUCGAUCUGGACGAUGAGCUGUUGACCAAGGAGAGCGUCAUCAAGAAGGAGUCACCUGUGAAAGCGGAAGUGAAGCCAGAACAGAGCGCAGACAAAGCUGAAGUCGAGGAGGCGAGCGAAGAGAAGGCAACAGCUGAUAAAGUGGACGAGGAGAACGUCGAAGAGAAGCCGGCAGACAAGCAAACGCCGGAGGAUGAAGCCAAGCCAUGCAGGGAAACCGCUGAAGACGCUGAAGAGCUGCCCGCGGCCAAGGCAAGUGAAGCUGAGGCUGAGACUCCAGCUGAAGCCGAGGCGGAGGCCAAAUCCAAGGAGCAAACCGAGGAGAAAAUGGAUGUGGAUGCCGAGCCAAUUGCAGAGAAUGGCAAUGAAAAGGAAGCUGAAACGGAAGCCGUUGCCACUGCCGAAGCAGAGGAACCAGCUGAGAGCCUCAAGGACGAAGCAGCAGAAAAAGACGAGGAGAAGAAGUCAAGUGACAAGCAAGAGGAAGACGACUCCAAGAUGGAAACUGAAUCCACAAAGUCGACUGCUGCCGAGGAAAAGGAAUCCACUGAAACGUCAGCUACAGAAAAAGAUGACGAGGCAGCUGCCAAAGCAGAAAGCGAAAAAGGCGACGAAGCUGUCGCCGAGGCCGUCAAAGAGCCUCCGGAGAAGGAGAAGGAGAAGCAGAAGGAGGACGAGAAUGAGAAGGAAGCAACUGCAGCUGAAACAACUGAAACUGAAACUGAAACGAAGAAAGUUGAAGYCGAGGCAGAAGUCAGCAAGGCAGAUGAGUCCAAGAUUUCGAGCAGUGCAGACAAGCCCGCAGCGGAGCAGGAGAUACUCGAUCUGGUGGCUGGACCCAGUGAUCCGGAUGACGAUGAAGUCAUGAAGGAGAAGGAGAAGGCAGUCGAGGAGGAAUGCAAGAAGCAAGCAGCUGAACUCAAGGCGCGCUUUCCCGAUCUCGAGGUCAUUCAGCCGGCGGCUGUGAAACAGCAAAAGCUGGAGAAACCGAAGCUGGAGAUGUGCAUGAUCCGUUGGUUCAAGGACUUUGCUCUAGAGCGACGCAUCGCCCACAUUGUGGUGUGCGUGGAGACCAACAAGUGGCCAGUGGACAAGAACUACAGUGCCUUUGCCGGCCUGAAGGGCAACACGGAUCUGAACAUCGCCCUGCAUGAGUCCAUACCCCAUCUGAAUAGCAGCGAGCGCCGCUCCACGACGCCCGACGUGAUAACCAUUACCACAGACCAGGGUGUGACGAAGCAUUUGCAGGCCUCGCAGAUGCAACAGGUGGCCAGCAGUGCAGGCGUCGUCCCUGCCGCCAGCAACGUUCCCGCGUUGCCCAAGCCCCAGAUAACAGCGCCAACAACGCUGCCUGGUCUGGAUGCGAACAGCAUCAAUGCGGCUGUGGCAGCUGCUGUCGCAGCGGCAGCCAGUGGCGGCAAUGCCACAUCUCUGUCAGCUCUGCUGCCGGGCAUGUCGCUGAGUGCGGCCACUGCGGGAGCAAGUGCAGCAGCAGCUGCAGCUGUCGGCGCAGCUGGUCUGAAUGUGCCCAGUGCUGGAACCCUGGGCUCGAACGCGGGCAAGAAGCGCAAGCGUCACAUUGCCAUCGAUGUGGAGACGGAGCGUGCCAAGCUGCAUGCGCUGCUCAAUAGCUCGUCAAUGGCUCCCAAAGAUUGGGAAAGCGAAAUAGCCAACAUGGAGGCUCUAACUGGAGCUGCAGCUCGUCGUGGUGGCAGCUCAAGCUCGGCUGCGGCCUCUGCGGCCGCAUUGAGUGGCAUGCAACCACCGCCAGCGCAUCAGCAUGCCUCGCUGUCGCGUCAGUCCUCCGGUCAGUUCAAUAAGCCCGCUGUGCCGGCCAUGAAGACGCCGCCGCCAUCAAUGGGCGCGCCAAUGGAUUUGUCCUCAAGCCUGCCCAAGAUGAAUAUGACCGAAAUGCUAAAGUCAGCCUCCAGCUCGGGCGCCAUUGAUCUGAGUGAGGUGCAGGACUUUUCGAUGCCUUCCAAGAAGUCGAGUGUGCAUGCAGCGCUCAGUUCCGCUUUCCCCUCGAUGGGCGGCAGCAAAAGCAAGCUGGAUGAUACGCUCAACAAGCUAAUGAAGAAAAACAAUUGCACCAUUGAGGAGCCCGUCAUUGGCAAGGAGAAGAAACGCAAGAAGCUGGAUGAAAUUGUCUUGGGUCUGUCGGCUGCCAAGGAGCAGAAGACCUUCCCCGAUCCCUCGUUGCCCUCAUCGAAGAAGCCACAGAUACCGCCCAGUGUGUCGGUGACGCCGGCUAAUCUCCAGGCGCCCAGCCAGCAGCAGUCCAAUCAGAAACCAUUUACCAUCACUGUGACGACAGUGCCCGGAAAGUCCAAGAGCGGCGGCCAGAGCAGCGGCAGCGGAAGCGGCGCUGGAACCGGCGCCAGCAGCUCCUCGGGCAGCGGCCUGAGCGCCCUGCAAAACAUGGCCAUGGGCGGUCUGUCCAGCAAGGACAGUCUGAAUGCGCUGCUCGCCCAGACAAUGGCAACCGAUCCGCAAUCGUUCCUCAAGCAACAGCAGAAGAUGAUGCAGUUCCUGCCGCCCUCGCAGCGCAAGGCCUACGAGAACAUGCUCGCCGAAAUGGAGCAGGCAAUGAAGCUGAGCUGCAAGUACAACUCCUCACACGAUGUCAAGGUCAACAAGUGGCUCUCGGAUAUGACCAGCCCGCUGGGCGAUCAGCUGAGCAUUGACUAUGUUGGAGCGGGAGGCGGCGGAAGCGGAGCUGGCAGCAGCAACAGCCGUCGCGGAAAUCGAGGUCAACAGAGCAGCUCGAGUGCGCAGCAGGCGGCCAAUGCGGCGCAGUUGCAAAAGCAGCAGCAGCAGCAGCAACAACAGCAACAGCAGCAACAGCAACAACAGCAGCAGCAACAGCAGCAACAACAACAGCAGCAGCAACAACAGCAGCAGCAGCAACAGCAGCAACAAUCGAUGGCCGGCCCGCAAGGCCUGACCGGAGAGGAGCCCGUGCCGGUGAUCAACAAGCAGACGGGCAAACGACUGGGCGGCAAUAAGGCGCCACAACUGAAGCGUCUGAUGCAGUGGCUCACCGAGAAUCCCAACUAUGAGGUGGAUCCCAAAUGGCUGGAACAGAUGCAGAAUCCCAUGUCUGCGCCCUCACCCAAACCCAGUGUCAACACCAUGGACAACAGCAGCUACGGCGUCUCCAAAUCGCACGGUGGACGGCCCUCGUCCAAUUCGAGCAACGCCUCUUCCAGCAGCCACACCCAACAGCCGAGUGCUGCGCAGUCGCCGGCUGGCAAUUCGAGCGGCUCGUCGAAGAAGUCGUCGAGGCAGAGCCAAUCGGCAGCGGCCUUGGAUCAGGCGGCGCUGCAGUUCGGUUCGCUGGCUGGCCUCAAUCCCAGUUUGCUGGCCAAUCUGCCCGGCUUGGGCGCCUUCGAUCCGAAGAAUCCGCUCGCCGCCUUCGAUCCGAAGAAUCCGCUGCUCUCGAUGCCGUUUGGCGGCAUGCCCGGCAUGAGCAAUUUGCCCGGGUUGGGCAAUCUCAACAAUAUGAAUCUGUUCGCCAGUCUGGCCGGCAUGGGCGGCUUGGGUAAUCUGGCCGGCAUGGAUGCCCAGUCAUUGGCUGCGCUCAUGGCUGCUGCUGGACCAACGCUUGGCGGCCUCACAGGCAGCACAAACGCGGGCACCGGCAAGAGCCAGUCGCAGUCCAGUGGUGGCGGCAACUCCUCCAGCACCUCCUCCUCGUCGGCGGCCAGCAAGAAGAAGCAACAGCAGCAGAACGAAGCCGCCCAACUGGCAGCCGUGGCUGCCGCCGCUGCAGUCAACAACAGCGGAGCCGGCAGCUCCUCGGGAGGCGGCAAGAACUCGAACGCCUCGGCAUCGCAGUUGGCCGCCGGCUUUCCGUUCCUCUUCCCUAAUCCCUCGCUGCUGUAUCCGCCCAUGGGCCUGGGCGGACUCAACCCCUACUCGCUGGGCAGCAGUGGCCUGGGCUCCGCAUACGAUCAACUGGCACAGCAAUAUAAUCUGCUGAAUGGCGUGGCCACCUCAUCGGCCGCCGUCACCGGAUCCACGCAGUCGGGCAAGUCGCAUCAGUCGCAGUCGAGCAAGUCGAGCAAUUCACGCAGCGCCUCCAACUCGGCGGCGAAUUCGGCAGCGAAUCUAAUGAAUGCCAUGGCCAGCAUGAGCGCCAACACGGUGACCACUCCAUCCAGCUCGAGCUCCAGUCGCAGCCGCCAGAGCAGCAGCCAGCGCAACUCCGCUGCCUCGGCCACGCCCAGUGCUGCGGACAUGGCACAGCUCUCCAGUCUACUGAUGCCUGGUGCUGAUCCCCAUCUGCUCGAGUCGCUCAGUCGCAUGAGCAGCAUGGAUCUGGCCCAAGCCACCCGUCUCAUGAGCUCCUUGGGCAUGCCGCCGCUGCCCACGCCCAGCAGCUCGAACAGCAACAGCACCAGCAGCUCCAGUGCCGCCAGCAAACGUGCCGCAGCAGCAGCCGCUGCCAAUGAGGCAUCCGCCAAGGAGCAACAGAAGUGGUUCGAGAGCAUUGCGCGUGGUGCGUUGCCCACGGAUCUGGCCGCGCUGCAGGCCUUCUCGCAGGGCAAGAUGCCGAGCACCUCCUCCGUUAGUUCGAACAGCGGCGGCGGCUCCAGCUCGGCCAGCAAGAGCUCCAAGUCUGCAGCAGCUGCCGCCGCAGCAGCCGCAGCCGCAGCUGCCCAAAUGCCUCAGAUCCCAGGCAUGUCCAGUGACUUCUCGCAGGCACUUCUCGCCGAGAUGGCCGCCCAGGCAAUGGCUGCCGCCGGCGGCUCGCUGCCACUGAGUGGACCCGGUUCGCUGGCCAGCUUAGCUGGCCUGACAGGCGGCUCGUCCUCCUCAGCUGGAGGUGGAGGUGGCGGCGGCGGAAGCAGCAGCAGCAGCUCGGCUGCCAAGCGACAGCGGGAACAGGAUGCAUUCAAACAGCAAAUGGACUUCUACACAAAGUCGUUGGGCCUGGGCUCGGGCAUCUCGCUGAUACCCACCUCGUCGUCGGGCAGCAGUAGCAGCCUGAAUGCUGCCGUCGCCUAUGCAGCCGCUCUGGAUGCAGAGCACCUGCAGCAGCAGCAGCAGCAGCAACAGCAGCAGCAACACAAAUCGAAACGCGCACGCAGCGAGCUGCAUCCCACGAAGGAUGAGCUGGCAGCUGCUGCUCUAGCUGCUGGUCUGCCGCUGAAUCUGGGAGCCAGCAUCGAGAAGAGUUUGCGUGGUGGCUCCAGCAGCUCCUCGACGCCAGCGCCGCCCACGCCCACGCCCGAGCAGGACAAAGUGACCCUGACGCCGUUGAACGCGAGCGCCUCGAGUGCAGCCAAUGCGGCGAUUGCGGCCAAUCUGCCAUCCCAGACAACGAUCACAAUUGCGCCGCCCAUCAGCAGCGGCGCCAGCACCAGCAGCGAGCGGUCGGAGCGCAGUGAGUCGCGCAUCUCGUUGACCAUAACGAAUGCUGCGGAUGCCGCCAAACUGCCGCCGCCCUACGAGGAGGCCGACGAGCUGAUCAUACAGCCCAUACUGAAGAAGCCAGCGGCGCCGGGCAGCAGUCACGGCGGCAGCGUUGAGGAUCUGGAUGCCAGUGGAGCAGCCAACAAUUCAGCGGCCAAUUUGAGCGGUUCCAGCAGCAGUAGCUCCUCCGUAGCCGCCGCCGCGGCAGCAGCGGCUGCAGCCGAAGAGAAUCGCCGCUCUUCCAAUCGUCUAAAGCGUCCGCGUUCCGGCAACGAAACCGAACAGCAGCCCCCAGAGAAGCGACGCGAGCUGCGUUCCACGCGUCACACGCGUCAAUCGGCGGAUGCUGCCACUCUAAAUCUAUCGGCGGGCAGCGAGUCUGAAGACCGGAAUGAAUGAGUAAAGCGAAGCGCCUAGCAACACGACAGCGCCCCAAGAGAGGGCGUCCGCACCAGACAGGGCAACAGGAACAGUAAAAGCAACAA